AAAAUUCUCCAUUGGAUAUUUGUAUUGUUAUCGACCAGACCAAAAGCGUAGGAAAAGCCCAUUAUGACGCCAUGUUGGACUCGAUAAUGACUCUUAUUUCCAAGUAUGAUAUUGGCGCAAACAAAACCCGUAUCUCGAUCGUCACGUACGCUGGUCGCGCUCAAAUUCGCUUGUCUCUCAACGAUCCACAUUCUUACAGUCAAGAGGCAUUGGGUCAGCUUAUUCAGGAAAUGAAGGAUAAGGACAAACUAAGUAGUCCCACACGGACGGACAGAGCACUGAAGAAGGUCUGCGAGAACGUUUUCGUCACCGAAGGUGGCGAUCGACCUGAAUCGCCAAACGUCCUGAUCAUUUUCACUGACGGAGGCACACACAGGAAUUCUGAACCUUAUGAUACAGUAUUGCGGGGAUGUGAGGUCAGCAAUGAAUUCAUGGUUGAAUAUCCGUUUACUAACGCGAAAUGAUUAAAUACAGACACUUUUUUAAUGGCUAAAAGAACAAAUUAACAGAACAGUAGACUACAAGUCCUUUUUAGACCGUCAGGCGAGAAGCAAAAAGGGCAAGGCCUAAGACUGUGGACGACGCACGAGUGAAAAUAAGUUUAAACUUUACCUUUCGCUCGAAAAUCAGAUACAUGAGUGAAAGCAGCGAAUACGCUUAGUUUUAACUUCGGAGUGCAAAUGUACAUCCAUAGACAUAUAUGCGUUACUGGGGCAGUGCAGCAUUUGUCCAACUUGUGUCCAAAUAAAAGAGUGCUCAUCACUCCUUACUUUUCACGAUGAUAGGUAAAACACGUCCAUCGUGUAGCCGUGGGCAUUGGAAAAAGUAUCAGCGAAUCAGAACUUGAGACCAUCGCUGGAGAUAGGGACCGAGUGAUAGCUGCUAACAGUUUUGAAGAUCUUACCAACCGCCUGGAUAGUAUUCGAGAAGCUGCCAACAGUAAGAAUUUUCUCUUGACUCUUCUCAAAAGAGUUGUGCUACAAUGCAAUUUUAUAUACAGUUUUAUUUUUAUCUAUUGCAGCCAUUACAAAUUACAAUUCGAGGGGUAGUUUUUUUUAUGUCUCAAGUUGCUUUCAAAUCGACUGAAGAAAAAAGCUUACUAAGCCAAAUGCUGAAACCUCAUUUUGCGUGCUCGAAGUACGCUUUAUUUAAUGACACAGGUAGAUGAAAAUUAAUAACGAAUAAUGGCGAAAUCUGAUUAAGGGGAACAAAAUUUAGAAAAUUUUUGACUUCUCACGUGUAUUGAUAAUUUACAUAUAUUUUUAGAUAUCGGUGGUGGAUAUGGUGGAUGGAGCGCGUGGUCCAACUGUUCAGAGCCUUGUGGUGGGGGCCUGCGUUGGCACUUCAGAAAUUGUACCAACCCCGAACCUAGAAAUAACGGAAAAAACUGCAUCGAGCAGAACCUAGGACAAUCAGAAGAAUCAGAAGAAUGCAACCCGCAGGAGUGUCGUAAGAAGAAACGAAUUGAUAUUUUUCCUGUAAAAAGAACACAGCUUCAAUAUCAGGCAAUUGCUUAAAAGCAGUUGCCUGAGCUUGACUCUGGUUUCUGUACUGCAUGAAGCGGUUAGCAGUAUUGGUAACUUCACGCUGGAUGGGAUGAUUGCCCAUUGCGUUGCUUCCAAUCAUAUCAUGUUUAUUAUUUAGUUGUUUCGAUAGCUUUCUUUGUUUUUAGCUAUGCUCGGUAACUUCUCGAAGUGGUCUGAGUGGGGAAAAUGCAGUGUAACAUGUGCAGGAGGAGUUCAGACACGGACAAGGACCUGUACCAAUCGUCCUCCAUCUGCUGGAGGGUCAAACUGCACCGAGCAAAACCUGGGACCAGCAGAGGAACAUCAAGACUGUAACACACAGAAGUGUGCCGUACCUGGUAAUUACACGGACUGGUCUAGCUGGGGAGAAUGUAGUGUAACAUGUGGAGGAGGAGUUCAGACACGGACAAGAACCUGCACUAAUCCUCCUCCAUCUGGUGUAGGAUCAAACUGCACCGAGCAAAACCUGGGACCAGCAGAGGAAGAACAAAAAUGUAACAUGGAGGAGUGCCGUAAGUGAACUUUUGUGAAUAAUCUUUUUGCUUUGUGAUAGGAAGAGCUCUGUUGAGGUAGACUUAUUUUGUAAGACAACGUUUCGAAACUCCAAUUGAAAGAGAGUUGAAAAUAAGACGAGCAGGGGGGAUUUUUGACGAAAUUCGAGGUGUUUGGAAACUUUGACGAAGAACGUUCUUGCAUGUUUGAUAUUAGCUUCUACUGUAUUGUCAGUCAAAACUAAAACUACAGAGAAAACGGAGGCGUAAAAUCCUACGAUCGGAAUAACCAAGUCCGUCACUCUAUGGCACUGCUGUCACUCCCGACUCCCCUUGGGAGAAUUUUUGUCGGUCACGUGAUGUGACCAUUGGACUUUUGUCGCCAUGUGUUCAAGUAAGCGAGUGUUUUGAAUCGCAGGAGUUUGUCAAAAGUUGUUAUUGUGCCGUUCGUGUAGCUCGAAGCAAACAGUUCGAAAACCUCACUCACGUACGUAUACAUUCAUACACGCAUGCCUUUGAUGGGAGCGAAGAGUUUUAGUAAAGUUGUUGUGACUUUGUUCAUCGACCGAGGCCGUGCGGUCGAUGUGUGCCUUUUGAACUUGAGCCCAUUGUGAACUGUG